UACUUCAUCAAAGGCGACCUAGAAAAUGACCAAAUUUACCCCAUGAUGAUGGAGAAUCCCCAACUCCGCUGGGGAUUUAUCCGUAAAGUUUACGCCAUCAUCACUAUGCAAUUGCUUCUCACCGCCGCCGUCGCUGCCACCGUCGUCUUCGUCCGCCCCAUUCCCACAUUCUUCGUCAAAACCACUCCCGGUAUCAUCGCUUACAUCGGCAUCGUGAUCUUCACUUUCAUAGUUCUUUGUCCGUUGUAUGCUUAUCAUAGGCAUCAUCCAUGGAAUUUUAUCUUGCUUGCUCUGUUUACGAUUGGUAUUUCAUUUUCUGUUGGAAUUUCUUGCGCCUUCACCAAAG